GUGGUACAUACUACAGACAGUCUGCACAGCACAGAAGAGGAAACCUCACCACAGCCUGCCCUACAGGAAGCGCAGCCGCCGGCACAGCGCGCACUGAAAUCCUGUUUGUUUUACCGAUGUGACAACAGAAGUGCGAGAGAAAAGCUGCUGCCAGGAGCUGAACCGCAGGUCGGCGCAGCUGGUGUUCAUUUGGAGGACACACAGAGUCGGACAUGGAUUAUUCGUGCCCGUCUUCACCGCUUUGGAUUUAGUUAAGACGCGGCACAACCCUGCGCCUUCCUCCGUCUCUCCUUUCCGGUGAAGCGAGUGCGCCAAGAACAGGUGGACCUGUUUCUGUGUUCAGCUUCAUCCCCCUCCAUCCGCCUGUCACCUUUAUGGGGAACCAGGUGGAGAAACUAACGCAUUUGAAUUACGCAGAGGUGCCAACAUCGGACCCAAAUGGGUUCGACCCGGACGACGACGGACCGCGAAUCGGCGUCUCUUACAUUUUCUCCAACGACGACGAUGACGACCAGGAUGACAAUUUGAACCGUUUUUCAUCUGAUAACCACAUGGUGAACCAUGAGGAGAAGCCCUUUGACCCCCAGGACGAGCUGGAGUGCGCGAUUUACUACCGAGAGGAGUGCGUGUACGAGACCAACACCGGAGCCGCUACUCACUCUGCGGAAAGUCUCCUGAACAAGUGCAGACCGGGAGACCUGCUGGAGUUUGUGGCCACCGGGCAGUAUCCCCACUGGGCUGUUUACGUCGGGGACUUCCAAGUGGUUCAUUUGCACAGAGCAGAGAUCAAGAACAACUUUCUCACCGAUGUAAGCCAGGGGAAAAAAGGCAGGAUAGUGAACGGCCUCUACAGGUUCCGUGCGCUCCCGCCGGAGGUGAUUGUGCGCAACGCCCUGGACCAUGUCGGGUCGAGAGACAGAGAGCUGUACUGGAGAAACUCUGAGUGCUUUGCCGCCUGGUGCCGCUUUGGCAAACGGGAGUUUAAAAUCGGAGGGGAGAUACGGAUUGGAAAGCAGCCGUACAGGUUGAAAUUGAUCUUUUCAGAGAAGAAGACUCACGUCCUGGAGUUUCAGAGCCUGGAGGACGUGAUCAUGGAAAAGAGGAGGAACGAUCAGAUUGGUAAAGAUGCUGUGAUGCAAGAGCUGGCCAACCACUUGAACGCAACACAUGAAAUCAAAGAGGAGCAUUUUGUUAACUGAUUGUGGAUGCUCUGGUCAACUUUUGGAAAUUUCCUUGAGUAAAUGCUCACUUUUUGCGCUGGAAAAAAAAAGGCAUGUUAUGUUGAAGACACUUCUAUCCCCCCAGUCAACCAAUAAGAGCUGUGUGUGUGUGUGUGUGUGUGUGUGUGUGUGUGUGUGUGUGUGCGUGCCACACUGCAAAGUGCAUCUUCAGAGGAGGGAGUUACAAUUCAUGUUGUUUUUCCUCCAAAAUGAGAGGAAGUGCUCUGACAUCAAGGCUGACACUUGUUUCAUUCUCAAGUGCAUUAGCAAAGCGGAUCAAAAGCGGUAAAACAAAAUCCCCACACAUUGAUUUGCACUGGAAACAAGUGCACGCUGGCAAAUGUCCUCCCUCCUUCUAAGAACACAUUUUUACACUCAACCCAAAAUUAAGUGACUUGUAAUGAUGGAUACACUUUGCAUCAGAGCUGCACCUGCAGUCUAAUCAUUUGGGGAUGAAGUCAGAAUUUAAUUGCUCAUAAUUAUCUUUCUAAUCCAAUGAAUCUUUGCACAGAGGAGCAAAACCUCUCUAAUGUACUCGUACCUGACGAGAGUGCUGAAAGCGCUUGCUCCUGUACCACUCAGGUGUUGGUGAUCAAUACAGAUUGGACGAGAGACAACUUUGCUUUCGCUAGUAUGCGUCGACCUUGAGGAUUCCCUUCUUGUUGUUUUAUGUCCAAUCAUCACACAGCUUUACCCACUCUUUUGUGUGACUGUGCACUUUUACUGAUUCACCUGUUCCAACAGUUUAUUUUUUUGGAGAAAAACAUGUUUGUAUGAAGGAAUAUGGAAAUAAAUAUAUAUUUGAACAGUAAA